AUUAAAAUUUGUUAAAAAAGGGGAAGGAAUAGAGAGAAGUUUGGGACCUGGAGCCUGGAGCGAGAAAAGAGGAGGAAACAAUGGGCGAGGUAUCUGAAACCAUGACGAAGAGGAAGAAGAAGGGACGCCCCUCCCUUUUGGAUCUUCAAAAGCGAUCUCUCAGAAAGCAACAGCGACAAAACCCCAAUUCCCAACCCAACACCAACGUCGACCACGACCACGACCACGACGACGACGACGACGAGCGCAAGGAGAAGAAGCACAAGCUCUUGGUCGGUCUCAAUUCCCAUCUCCACCACCCAACAUUACUGCCCAAUUUCCACCCCUUCAAUUCCGAUCCCAAGAGGCGCAGAAUUGACCCUCUCCACCAAACGGAUGAGAAGGUUCCGAAAGCGACUGACAGUAAACAUGGUUCGCAGGGUGAGUCCGGUCCCACUACACCUUUGCCAGACAAAAAGCUCUUGCUGUUUAUCCUUGACAGGCUUCAAAAAAAGGACACACAUGGGGUGUUUUCUGAGCCCGUGGAUCCAGAAGAGCUUCCUGAUUAUCACGACAUCAUUAAACAACCGAUGGAUUUUGGAACUGUGAGGAAGAAAUUGGAUGGGGGGCUAUAUGCGGACUUAGAACAAUUUGAGAAAGAUGUGUUCUUGAUAUGCUCGAAUGCAAUGCAAUAUAAUUCAGCAGAUACCAUUUACCACCGACAGGCCCGAGCCAUGCAAGAGAUAGCAAGGAAGGACUUUGAGAAUCUGAGACAAGAUAGUGAUGAUAGUGAACCACAGCCCAAAAUUGUGCAGAGAGGAAGGCCACCAGGCAAGCAAACAAGAAAGUCACUAGGUAUGCCUCCUUCUGAGCGAGUUGGUCCCGAGUCUUCUUCUGAUGCAACUCUUGCUUCUGGAGGGGAUAUUGCUAGUGGCUCCAAUGGUUAUAAUCUAAGGAAAGUGCCAAGCAAAUUUCAGCCUACAGAUUCAUCUGCCAGGGUCUACAACAGCACUUUUAAUAGUGGAGGGUAUGCUGGCUGGUCCGAUUGGGAGAAUGAAUUUCCAGCUUCUGUUGUAAAAGCUGUAUUGAGAUAUGGAAAGAAGCAGUUUGUUGUUGAUGAGACCAGGCGUGAUACUUAUAAAAAUCCCAUGACUUCAGGAAAUGAACGACCGGUGCUGACCACAGUUGAAGAUGAAUUCAAGCAACUUCUUGCAGUAGGUGUACACAUGAAGCAUAGCUAUGCAAGAAGUCUGGCUAAUUUUGCUGCAGAUCUUGGUCCUGUUGUCUGGAAGAUUGCUGCAAGUAAAAUCAGCAGUGUUUUGCCGACAGGACAUGAAUUUGGUCCUGGAUGGGUUAGUGAAGAUGACGUGUCACAGAUGCAACACUUGCCAGUUUGUGAUGAGGGUAGAACUUCAGACCCUCCUGUACCAGAGGAUUAUAGAAGUAGAUUUUCCUCACCUUCUGGAUCGUUCCCCCUUGCAAAUAGAUCAUCAUGCUUGCAAAGUGGAGACAUGGUUAUGAAUAACAACCAAAAUGAGUUGAAUCCAGUAAUCAGCAUUGGUGAUGGGUCUGAAACUACGACACCUGUGAGGAUUCAACAGGAAUCCAUGGCACACUCUGAUGAUUUCAGUUCACAUGAUCGGUUAGGUUCUAACUUUUCAUCCCAAAUGAAGAUGGUAAGACUUGCUGACCUAACUGGGUCUCCGAGUACUGGGGGGGUUGUUCCUCAAAUGUUUGACAUGGAUCCCAUAGGCAGCCGCAUUGCGCAUACAAAUAUGAAUUCAUCUUUUAAGGGCCAACACUUCAGCAAAUCAAGUCAACUAGAUUCUGGUAAUUUAUUGGCUCGGGAAUCUGGAUUUGAGCCACGAAGUUGGGCUCAAGGGCCUGCUGGAAAAUCAUCUUGGCAGGGAUUGGAUGUUCCCACUAAACAGAAUUCUUUUGCACUUGCUAAUGACCUCAAUGGAAAGAUUGGAACAACAAAUUCACCUAGUUCCAACGUGGAGGCUGGUUCCCAGUUGCAGCCCAAUUUGGCAUUACAGCUAUGAUGAUACAUUAUUCUUUGGAUUGAAUCCUCUCAUUGCUUACUAACAUGAUAAUGUCAUGUUAUAGGAAAGAAAAGACACAAUUUAAUGGACCUUUUUUUUUUUUAAUUUUAUUUCUGAAGCAUUUAGAAGCAGCCUUUACUUCUGAAUUUUUGCUUUUGACAUAAUGGAGGUUGGCCAUACCAGUAAGUAUACAGUUAAAUUGGUAUCGGUCGAGUCUUUAUGACAUACAUGUGAUUCAGACGCUAAAUGUUCAAUAUUUCUCAUUUACCAUACUGUUCUGGAUAA